AUGGCGCCUACGUUGGUCCUGACUCCGGCGGAGAAGACGAGCGAGGCGUUCGUGGUGCCGACCGCGGUGAGCCUCAAAGCCCACGAGGCUCGGCUGGCUGUACCGUACAAGAGGGACAUCCUGCGGCCCUGCGAUGCCUCCUCCACGGCAGUGUCUGCGUCUGCAAGCGAGAGACCCCGCGGCAGCCUCUGGGAUUCCGAGCGGAUGGUUGAGGCGAAGGUUGCCAAGACGAGCAAGCCCGAGAGGGAGAUCGUCACUUCGGUGGAUGACUGGUAUGACUUGGGCGCUUUGUUCGGCUGCUUCACGGCGGCGAAAGCAGCGGAGAAGGAGAGUGGGGCUUUCGUGGUGCCCACCGCGGUGAGCCUCAAAGCCCACGAGGCUCGGCUGGCUGUACCGUACAAGAGGGACAUCCUGCGGCCCUGCGACGCCUCCUCCACGGCAGUGUCCGUGUCCGCAAGCGAGAGACCCCGCGGGAGCUUCUGGGAUUCCGAGCGGAUGGUUGAGGCGAAGGUUGCCGAGACGAGCAAGCCCGAGAGGGAGAUCGUCACUUCGGUGGAUGACUGGUAUGACUUGGGCGCUUUGUUCGGAUGCUUCACAGCGAGGGAGCGUUGA